AGCGCUGGGCGACGCUGGGUCGGCACGAAGAGCUCCGGGCGAGGCUGGAGGCAGCUCCUGGACAAGGACACCUUCUCCAAAUCUGACCCACUGUGCGUCCUCUACACCCAGGGACCGGACACCAAGCAGUGGCGGGAGUUUGGCCGCACGGAGGUCAUCGACAACUCCUUGAACCCCGACUUCGUGCGCAAGUUUGUGCUCGAUUAUUUCUUCGAGGAGAAGCAGAAUCUGCGCUUCGACCUGUACGAUGUGGACUCCAAAAGUCCCGACCUCUCCAAGCACGACUUCCUGGGCCAGGCCUUCUGCACACUGGGUGAAAUCGUGGGCUCAUCCGGCAGCCGCCUGGAGAAGCCACUGACGAUGGGGACGGUCACCGCACAGCCCCGCAGCAGGAAGCCGGCACCAGCCAUGUCCAAUGGGGGCAUCCCAGGCAAGAAGUGCGGCACCAUCAUCCUGUUGGCUGAGGAGCUGGGAAACUGCAGGGACGUGGCCACGCUGCAGUUCUGUGCCAACAAACUGGACAAGAAGGAUUUCUUCGGCAAAUCCGACCCCUUCAUGGUGUUCUACCGCAGCAACGAGGACGGGACCUUCACCAUCUGCCACAAGACAGAGGUGAUGAGGAACACGCUGAACCCCGUCUGGCCGGCCUUCGCCAUCCCGGUGCGCGCCCUCUGCAACGGCGACUACGACCGGGCCAUCAAGGUGGAGGUGUACGACUGGGAUCGGGAUGGCAGCCACGACUUCAUCGGUGAGUUCACCACCAGCUACCGGGAGCUGGCGCGGGGGCAGAGCCAGUUCAACGUCUACGAGGUGGUGAACCCCCGGAAGAAGAUGAAGAAGAAGAAGUACCUGAACUCGGGGACGGUGACCCUGCUGUCAUUCGCUGUGGAGUCUGACCACACGUUCCUGGACUACAUCCGGGGCGGGACCCAAAUCAAUUUCACGGUGGCCAUUGACUUCACUGCGUCCAACGGCAACCCAUCGCAGUCCACCUCCCUGCACUACCUGAGCCCCUACCAGCUCAACGCCUACACCAUGGCGCUGAGGGCGGUGGGUGAGAUCAUCCAGGACUACGACAGCGACAAGAUGUUCCCUGCGCUCGGCUUCGGUGCCAAGAUCCCCCCCGACGGGCGCGUGUCCCACGAGUUCCCAUUGAACGGCGACGCGUCCAACCCGUCGUGCAGCGGCAUUGAGGGCAUCCUGGAGGCGUAUCACCGCAGCCUGCGCAGCGUUCAGCUCUACGGCCCCACCAACUUCGCCCCUGUGGUCAACCACGUGGCCCGCUCGGCGGCGGCCGUGCCGGAUGGGUCGCAGUACUUUGUGCUGCUCAUCAUCACCGACGGGGUCAUCUCAGACAUGGCGCAGACCAAGGAGGCCAUUGUCAACGCAGCCAAGCUCCCCAUGUCCAUCAUCAUCGUGGGGGUCGGCCAGGCUGAGUUUGACGCCAUGGUGGAGUUGGAUGGGGACGACAUCCGCAUCUCCUCCCGCGGGAAGGUGGCAGAGCGUGACAUUGUGCAGUUUGUCCCAUUCCGUGACUACACGGACCGGGGGGGCAGCCAGGUGCUGAGCAUGGCGCGCCUGGCCAAGGACGUGCUGGCUGAGAUCCCCGAGCAGUUCAUCUCCUACAUGAAGGCUCACGGCAUCAAACCACAGCCUGCGCCCCCCAGCCCCGACCCCCCCGGGCCCCCACCUCCCACCCAGCCCUGA